UAGCAAAUCCAAUCACUUGGUGAAGGGUCGUAGUGGGUCAAACAGCCUUUAAGAGGUUUUUGAUACAGGAUAAAAUCUUGCACAGCUGGUUUAAUGCUCUUACAGGACUUGGAAAUGGAAAUGUUUUGAUUCCGACUCCGGCCCACCCAGGGACCAGUCCAUUCUACCCCACUGAGAGCUCAACCCUAUAACUUUGGCACUGAGCUGAAGACUUGAAGAGGGACACCACGUCUCACUCAGUAAAGGAGAAAAGGAGGUUAUUUUGUCUAGAGAGAAAAAUGGGAGACUAUGAUGUGGAGACUGCGUUUCUUGGACAAAUGGGUCCCUACUUCUGGGUCACUUUCUUCCUUUUGAACACAGUUUUCGUGUCAACUGGAUUCAACGGACUAUACAUAAUCUUUGCAGGGGCAGCCCCAAAACACAGUUGUCUCAUUCCAGACGUCAACCUGACAGAGGAGUGGAGAAAUGCCAUCAUACCAUUUAUAAUAAUGGGUGGUGAAGAAGUUCAGAGCCAGUGCAGCAGAUAUAAUCUGACUGUGGUUAAAGAUUUUUCUGAUGAGGGUUAUAUACCUGGAAGGGAUAUUAAUCUUACCACACUGCCUCAAGAAGGAUGUUUGGAUGGAUGGAACUACAGCAAAGACAUCUACCAGUCCACAAUAGUCACUGAGUGGAAUCUUGUUUGUGAGAACCAUUGGAAAGUUCCUUUUGCUUCCUCAACUCUCUUUGUGGGAUAUCUUUUUGGAUCGCUUAUCUCAGGACAGCUUUCUGACAGGUUUGGGAGGAAAAAAGUUCUUUUCAUGUCCCUUGCGGCUCAGUCCUUCUGCGUUUUGCUUCAGUCAUUCUCUCAGUCUUGGAGAAUUUUCUGUGUCAUGUUCCUCUUUGUUGGAGCCUCUCAGAUAUCCAUCUACAUUUCUGGAUUUGUACUGGGUACAGAGUUGUUGAGUAAAACCAUGCGAGUUCUCUUUACAACUCUUGGGGCUUUCCUUUUUUACUGCAUCGGCUACAUGACACUACCUUGGAUUGCAUAUGGCAUCAGAGACUGGAGAGCUCUCUUAGCAGUUUUGUCAGCAACAUCUGUGGUUUACAUCCCUUUGUGGUGGUUCAUCCCAGAAUCACCUCGAUGGCUGCUCAUUCAAGGAAGAAAGACAGAGGCAGAGGCCAUUGUGAGAGAUGCUGCCAGGAGAAACAAAGUGCAGGCACCAUCUGUACUUUUUAAAGAAUCUGAGGUUGAGAAAAUUCCUGCUGGGAAGAAAUACACAAUGCUUGAUGUUCUUAGGUCCAGCAAAGUCAGAUGCAUCACAAUGAUGUGUCUCCUUUUAUGGAUGGCAAUUAACAUCGGAUAUUUUGGCUUAUCCCUGAAUACUUCCAACCUGAGUGGCAACCCUUAUAUGAAUUGCUUUAUAUCAGCCAUCACUGAAGUACCCGCCUAUAUUGUCUCUACUUGUCUGCUGAGGAAAUGUCCACGACGAGCAAUUCUAUCGACGUUCCUUAUCAUCGGAGGAGGAGUUCUUCUGCUCAUACAAUUUAUUCCUGAUACACUCCAUUAUGUUGCUCUGGCACUGGAAAUGACCGGCAAGUUUGGCUUCACUAUGGCUUUCACCAUUGUUUACAUCUACACUGCUGAGAUCUAUCCCACCGUACUGAGGAAUGUAGGCAUGGGAAUGUGCUCCUCAGCUGCUCGUAUUGGCAGUAUCACAGCUCCUUACGUCAUCUAUUUAGGCACAUAUAAUAAGGUUUUACCUUACAUUUUAAUGGGCAGCCUCACCAUCGCCUCUUCUGUGGUUAACUUCUUCCUACCAGAGACCUUCAACAAAGAUCUCCCAGAAACAGUGGAGCAGAUGCAGGAAUGCCGGGGGUUCUGUGGACGGUCUGAAAAGAAGAAAUAUUUUGAAAACGGAGCAUCACGUAAACGACCCAUUCUACAGGAAGAAGCAUCUGAAGUGCAAACACUCAGCCUUUAAACUUUUUUCAUUCUAAGGAUGGACAUUUUUUUCCUGAUCU